UCUCAAGUGCUCUGAAGAGGCGGCAAACUCGAGAUGCUUCGUCGAUGAAAACAUCUGCAGCAGCAAAAGCUGAAUUUGUCUCAGAUAUUAUGCUUCUUGGUUACGGUUACAUUUUAUGUGCGUAUCUAUUAUUUACAAAGCAUCAUGUUAAGAUAAAAUGAACCUUCUUUAUUCGACUUCUGUCGGUGAGAUUUUGACUCACUAGCUCACCUGUAUAGUUUGAGUGUCUGCAAAACUGUUUGAUUUUCGUGUUGACUUGUGUUUUAAAUUUAAUAGUGGAAGGUGUGAAUGUAUAGCACAUGUGCAGUCUGCGACAGCAUCGUAGGAAAUGACCAACAAAUGAAGCUUAACCACGCUUACCCUACAAAUUUGUUUGUGAUGGGAGUCUUUUUAUUUGGACUGCUGAGCCCUGCAACUUUAUUCUCACGCUGUUAAGACGCUUGUGAGGAUUUGACCACAACAUUAGAUGAAGCAUGAAUUGAGACUCUUCACAGAACUUACCGUGAAUAUCAUGGUGCACGCUCAGGUGCGGGAAAGCUCCGAAAGAAUUUCCUCCAUGCAUCGAGCAUGCAAUAAAAGUAACAUCAGCUGAACAGUGAUAAGCAAAGAUGUUUUCUGACGAAGCUAAUCUAAGUUACACUUCAAACGGCACGGAUGAGGACUUGUUAUCUGCGCUAGAUGAAGACUGGAGCGACACUCCGGCUGAGAAACUGUCAAGGACGGGACAUAAUGUGGUCGCCGUUAUUUUGGGAUCUAUUCUGGUAUUCGGGAUCCUGAACAAUUUCGUCGUCCUCGUUCUGUUUUGUAAAUUCAAGACCCUGCGGACUCCUGUGAACAUGCUUCUGCUCAACAUCAGUGUGAGUGACAUGCUCGUUUGUCUGUUCGGCACAUCGCUCAGCUUUGCGGCCAGUAUCCGUGGCCGGUGGCUCGUGGGGAAACACGGGUGCAUGUGGUACGGGUUCGUCAACUCAUGCUUUGGGAUUGUAUCAUUGAUCUCUCUGGCAGUCCUUUCGCAUGAACGUUACAGCACGUUAACUGUUUACAACAAGAGGGCCCCAGACUACAGCAAACCCUUGUUGGCUGUCGGGGGUUCCUGGCUCUACUCACUGUUCUGGACGGUUCCCCCCUUGCUGGGCUGGAGUAGCUAUGGACUGGAAGGGGCAGGAACCAGCUGUUCGGUUACAUGGACGGCCAACACCCCACAGUCACAUUCGUAUAUCAUCUGCCUGUUUAUUUUCUGUUUGGGAAUCCCCGUGCUGGUCAUGGUGUACUGUUACAGCCGGCUCCUCUGUGCUGUCAAACAGGUAGGGCGUAUCAGGAAGACAGCAGCACGGCGGAGAGAAUACCACAUUUUAUUUAUGGUCAUUACUACAGUGGUGUGCUACCUUUUGUGCUGGAUGCCCUAUGGGGUUGUUGCAAUGAUGGCCACGUUUGGACGUCCCGGGAUCAUCACACCCAUCGCGAGCGUGGUGCCGUCCCUCCUUGCCAAAAGCAGCACAGUCAUCAACCCUGUUAUUUACAUCCUAAUGAACAAACAGUUUUACAGGUGUUUCCUCAUCCUGUUUCAUUGCAAACACAGCUCUCUAGAAAAUGGACAGUCCUCUAUGCCUUCAAGAACUACUGGUAUCCAGCUCAACCGAAGGGCUUAUAGCAACACAGUGGCUGGCAACGCACCUCCAUCCAUUGGUCUCCAAAACGAGUGCAGCACCCCUGUCUCGGGCUGAAACAAUUCACACAAAAUCACACUUUGAUGUUCCAGCUCCACCCUGCCCCAUUCUAAAUCUACAAAUAAUGCCAAGACAGAAAUCAUCUGUGUAGUGUUGUUGAGUGCCUACAAAUAAAAAGCUGAAAAUCAGAACUGUAUCAAAGUGAUCUUUAUAGCCGUCUUUGUGAUGACAAACUGUUGUCUGACCUAACACACCAUUUUCAGUAAGUAUUUGUAUGUGACUUGUCAAGAUAAAUGUUACAAAGAGCGGGACAGUUGCAAACAUCCACUUGUGACUUGUUUAAAUGGAUGUUUAGAUCAUGUGUUGGUACAUUACUUUUGAAUGUGCUUACCCCCAUGUUGUCUGUAUGUUCCCAACCCAUUUAAGGCCAAGUCUGAGUAAGAAGUUGAAUAAAUCUGUGAAUUUAAAGGAAGCUGGGAAACUGGUAAAAUCCCCAACACAUGACUGCUUUGUAUUCUUUUUCUACCCUGCUCCUAAUCUCACCAUUAUCUGUUGGAGAUCAAGCAUGGUGACAUUUGGAUCAUUAGUCACAUCAUUGCGUCAAAGGAGUCCAGUGAUCUAAGACAGUAUUUCCAAACUUGGUCACUAGUGGUAAUGUUAGAGGAAGAGUUUACCAAAAAAUGAAAAUUCUGUCAUUUACUCAACCUCAUGUCAUUUCAAACUCUUAAUAAUUUAACUAAUUUAAGUGUUCUAUCCAGUUGGGUGAAUUCAGAACAAUGUUGGUGGUAUAUUCAAAAGUUCAUGUGGUAAGAAAAAGUAAAAAAAAAAUUCAUUGUUGUUUUCCUGUGCACCAUCCAGAAUGUCACACUCCAGUCCAGUAGGUGGUGAUGUACUGUCACUGUAUUGAAUACACCUAAACAUAUAUUCAGUGGAGGGUUGUCAAUCAGAGGGCUACGUCCUAGUAAAGCUGCUUAUCUCGCUCUUAUAUGCCAUCUUAAUUUUAAGGAUCAUUGGAAGGCAGCAUCCAUUUCAUAUGUCAUGCAGCGUGUUUUGAAGAAUGCAUCUACUAUAUCCUUUAUGUCCUCCCAUCAAUCAUAACAUAAUAUAAUGAUUUCAUGAAAUAAAUAAUAUAACGAUUUUCAUUAUAAAGCAUUUUUCCAAAAUUAUUUUUAAUCGUAAUUUUGUGCUGUGACCUUGAGGUGUAAAUUUUAAUGAGACUUACUAGACUGUGUCUUUCACUUGUCUUGAAAAAGGUGGCUGCUAACAAGUAACAAAAUGGGACUACAGAGGUUGUCAGGGACAUUAAACCUCAUCACGCAAAACGUCAAAGCCAUAAUGGCGUGUUUAAAGUACAAUCCACAAUCAAACUAAUGAAUGCCAAAAAAAUUACAAAGUGUCUAUUUACACUAAGUGCACAUAGCCCGCCUUGUUGGCAGAGGCUGUUUACACUAACGUUGCCCACCAACAUGUGGUUGGACUAGACAAUAUUACAAAAGACGGUUUCAAUGGCGUAUAUGGUAAAGUGCGUAAUGUAAUGUCUUUUUGAUGCAAACAACCCAAGUUCGAAUCCUCCUUUUGCCGAACCUGCUCUCCUGCCAUUUCACAUUUCAUAUCACAUCGGAAAGAUAAAUAAAAAAAUGAAAGAAAUAAUCGAAAAUCGUAUCUGAACAAUAUUAUUAAAUACUAUAAUGUACUACAAUACUGAGGUGCAGAUAUUUGCCACUAUUUGCAAUAAGUAGUAUAAAUAGCAGAACAUACAGCUAUUUUUACAGUGUAAAUCGAAUCUAUCACUAAAUAGCAUCUAAUUGCUAUUUACAUUGGUGUAAAUACCAUCUCUUGCUAUUUGAACUUAAUGUAAAAAUCUAGAGGUUGUUGUAACGCCCUCAUAGUAGCAAAUAUUGGAUUGUGCCUUUGAUAGCACAUUUAAUGUUUGAGGUUUAGGAAUGCUAAUUGUUUUUGAGAGCCAUCAACUUGUAUUAGCAGCUGUGAUUCACACAGAGCUUGAUUAUAUGUCAACCGUACGAAAAAUGAAUAAAUAAAUAAAUAA